UCCUCUCUCUCUCUCUCAGCCUCAGAAGACGGACUACUACUCUCUCACUAUCUGCGCCUGAGAAGGCGGCGGACUAUUGGAUUGAACCGUUUCGUCCUGCGGCCACGACGGUCAAGGAAACAUGGAACCGCUUUGGAUCUUCUCUCCGGUGGCUUCUGUUCGUUCUGUUGCUCGGAAAUGACGGAAAUAGGCUGGUGCUCUGAAGGAUUCGCAAACUGCUUAUGUGUCCCUUCGCCGCUCGCUCGUCCACGAGUUUCCUAAAUACAGUUCUACACAAGCAGACAAUUAUGAAGCUUCCAACUACUGGGCAGAAAUAUACAACAAGAUGUACACUUAUUCUUCUCUGGAUAUCAGCUGUGAUUCUAGCUGUCACCUAUGCUGUAAGCAGAAACACUUAUGGGUUUAACGGGAUGUCCUCAAUCUCCAUUUCUCUCCUACCAAAUUUGAAGAAUGCUACUUUUCAUACCGACAUUUCUGCUUCUUGGACUAAGAAGCAGUUGAUUUUAGAUAAACUACCUGAUGUCACUGCACCAAAUUUUGCUGAACAAGGAUCUGCUGUACAUGGCCCAUCAGUAGGUCUAUUGAAGGGCUUAUCUGAUAAUCAUGAAUUUGAAAAGUCACCUGGUGAUGUCCAGGUUCCUCAAAUGAGCAAAUCAUCAAAACUGCAUCUAACUUCUCCACUAGAAAACGAGCCUCUAUCUAGACACUCUAAUGGUUUGGCACCUCCAUUCCUUCCUUCACCUCAGGAGGCACCAAAACUAGUUGAUGGUAAUGGUUCUGUUAAUUCAGUUAUUUCUUCUCUUGUUGAAGAACAGAAGCCUCCACUUCCAAAUACAAAUAGUACUGGUCCAAAGCAGCUAUAUCUUCCUUCACAAGAGGUGCAGAAUUCUUCUGAACGGACCUAUCCAAAGGAUUCCAAAGACUUUUCAUUCAAGAAAGUAAAUGAAGAAGCACCUGUCAGAGAUGAACUAGACAAAGUUCUAGCCAGCACUGCAGAUGAAAAUAAGACUGUGAUCAUCAUUUCCCUGAAUAGUGCAUGGUCAGGAAAUGGGUCUAUGAUUGACCUCUUCUUGGAGAGUUUUCACAUAGGUGAAGGCACAAAGGAGUUAUUACGUCAUCUUCUCAUUGUCUCUGUAGAUGCAAAGGCUUACGAUCACUGUAUAAAGAUCCAUCCACAUUGUUAUAUCCUGAGAACACAAGGGGUUGAUUUCUCUGCCGAGAAGAAGUACAUGACACAAGAUUAUCUAAGAAUGAUGUGGAGAAGGCUUGGUUUCCUAGGUGACAUACUAAAGCGAGGAUAUAGCUUUGUCUUCACUGACACAGAUAUCAUGUGGCUCCGGAAUCCCUUCCCUAUUCUCUCACAAGAUGCUGACAUCCAGAUUGCUUCGGAUGGUUUCAAUGGGAGAGCUGAGGACAUCCGCAAUAGUCCAAACUGUGGCUUCAAAUUUGUUCGAUCAAACAACAAGACAAUCAGUUUCUAUGACUAUUGGUAUAAAUCAAGAUGGCUGUUUCCAGGUCAAAAUGAACAAGAUGUAAUCAACUUGUUGAAGUUCCGAAGCAGCUUUAGGAAGCGGAACAUGAAGUUUCUCUUUCUGGACUCAAAGCAUUUCGGCGGUUUCUGCCAGAGGAGCCAAUACAUAGAUGAUACCUACACAAUGCACGCUAAUUGCUGCAAGGGACUAAAGGCAAAGCUUACAGAUCUUAGAACUGCAUUAAAUGAGUUCAUAGCAAGCAAGAACACAUCCUUGUCACAACACGGCAAAGCUCGCAGAGCAAAAUGGUCACCUCCAAAAGCAUGCCCCCUUUCAUGGUUCCAGCACUAGGCUACAUUGUCAGACUGCAGGCAAGAAUAAUCUCCUUCCUUGCUUCGAUGCAGAUAGCAUAAGCUGUAUGAUCUGCUCUUUUUGGAUGGUGGGAGACUGGCUAUGGGCACCAUCAAGAUGCUGCAGAUAUACUUGAUUCACGAUUCUUUCUUUGUCCCUCAUGUUUUAUACUUCAAUGUAAGCAUGAUCACACACACAGAAAAGAAAAAAGGCAUGAACAGGCAAAAUGUUUUAUAAUUUCUCCAGUUACAAUCAAACAAGAAAUUAAGUGCCGAUGUAGAGAGAGAGAGAUGAAACUGCUGCCGAUGCCGCAAUUGAUGCGGAUGUCGCAGUGAAGUGGUGCGGUGAUGUUUUUUUUUGCUGGACAAAAAAAUGAGAUGCCGUAACGGUAAGGUUUUCUAUCCACGGACAAAAGUCGGAGCUCUGAGCUCCGACUAUUUUCCGUGGACAAAAGUUCCGCCC